UUGUGGGGACUCCCGAGGCUUCUGUCUCUCCUGCAACACUCCCACCACCAGGCAGACUACUUAAAGCAGCAGCCAGCAGCAGAGUGAAGAAGAAGAAGCAGACCAAGCCAACGAAGGAAGAAGAAGAAGAAGAAGAAGAAGAAGAAGAAGCCGACCACCAUUGACGAAGUAAGGGAGAGAGAGAAAUACCCAUUACCCAGCAAGCAGAAGAAGAGAGAGAAAGUAGGGAAACGCGCUGACGAGAUCUGUCCCACGCGCCCUCCCCGCUCUCUCUCUCUCUCUCUCUCUCUGUGGGUGUGUCCGGAUCAGAUUCUUAAUGAACCCCCAACGGAAAACAACAGCGGCGACCGAGUUGUUCUCAGCUCUGAAUUGAUUUGAUUUGAUUUGAUUUGAUGCGCAUUUUCCAGCUUGAAGUUGGUUCCAUUGUUCCUUCUCCUCACUGCUCAGAUCGGAGCUAAGACUUGAUUCGAUGUUUGAUCAUUGAGCUCCUUCGGUUCCGGGUCUGCGUCGUCGGAGCUUAGCUACAGUUGAAAAUGGAUCCGCCUGCGCUGAUCAAUGGAGGAUCCUUCCCCGGCGCCAGUGCGCCGCCGUAUAACCUGGCGGAGAUCUGGCCUUUCCAGCUCAACGGCGGUCAUCCAACGCCGUUCGGGCAGGGCAAUGGCAUUGGCCCGUUCGGUAUUGGCUCCGGCCCCAAUCACGAGGCUCUAGGGGCCGGUCCGGCGAGCUUGGAGCAGAGAGUGAGCCUCGGCAGUGGCAGCGACAGUGGAGGAGGAAGAAAGCGGCGUGAGUUGGAGGAUGAGUUGGCUAAAGGCGGCGCCUCCACGAGCAAUGGAGCCGGCUUGAGUGAUUGCGACGCGAAACGGCUAAAACCAAGCGGAGAUGAUAACGGAGGAGAUGGCAACAAACCAGCCGAGGAGGAGCCAGGCACGGCCAAGUCGCAGCCACAGGAACCUCCGAAGCAAGACUACAUCCAUGUCCGAGCCCGGCGAGGGCAGGCCACCGAUAGCCACAGUUUAGCAGAAAGAGCAAGGAGAGAGAAGAUAAGUGAGAGGAUGAAGAUUCUCCAGGACCUGGUCCCCGGUUGUAAUAAGGUCAUCGGCAAAGCGCUUGUCCUCGACGAAAUCAUCAAUUACAUCCAAUCGCUUCAGCGUCAGGUCGAGUUCCUCUCAAUGAAGCUUGAAGCUGUUAACUCGAGAUUGACCCCCGGGCUCGAAGUAUUCCCUUCUAAAGAUUUCGGCCAACAAACAUUUGACGCCAGUGGGAUCCCUUUUCUCCCGCAAUCUACGAGGGAGUAUCCACGAGGUUCCUCACCGGAUUGGUUGCAUAUGCAGGUCGGUGGCAGUUUCGACCGAAGAACAUAACUGAUCUCCUGCCCCAUCUCCCCAUAUCUAUUAAUCCAUCAACAAUAAGAGCAUAAGAGGCAAAAAGGCUUCAUCUAAUUAGUUCGUGAAAUUUAUAUAUACCUUAAUUACUCAUCGGUUCAAAGAGAAAACAAUGUGUGUCACUCCAUUUUCUUUGGUUUAUUCGAAACCGAAUGUAUCUGUAACCUGCGACUCUUGGAGUGGCUCCAUUUUCUUUGAUGGCGCCGAGAUUUACAUUAUAGGGACGGACGAUUACUAGAUUGGGUCCUGUCAAAGCAAGGUCGGGACUCUGCUCUAUAUGUAGCAUGCUAUUCAGACAGUCUUCGAGAUAAUUUUAUCUUCCAGGCAAUCUGAAACAUAUUUUCGUCAAGAAAUGGCCUCAUGAGUUCUACAUCCUAAUAUCCUGCACACAAGAGAGCUUUCGGUUUCGAAUAACAACAUAGCCCUUGUGUAUAGUAUCUCGUACCUCGAAUGAUUCGGCUUCAACAA